AUGAUAUUUAUUCUUCUAUGGUUAUCCAUUUCUUCAGUUUAUUCUAUAGAUAAAUGUCUUGAAUUUAGAACUUAGUUGGAUUGCAUUUAGAGCGCAGAUAGUCAGUGUAUAUAAAAAUAAAGGAAUUAAUAGGUGUGUGGGAUUCUGGGUAUUGUCAAUACACAAAAAAUUUAGAACUUGGCUGUUCUAACUUACUGAAUAAAAUGGCAUGUAUAAAAUAAUUAGCUUAUCCAUCUGGCUAAAUAGCAAAAUGUAAUUGUUUUUAUAAAUCCCACAGGUAUUUUUACGAAGGCGUGUUAUCAGGUGUAUGAUUUAACUUAAUUGGCAUGCACUGAUACAAUUACUAAACACUCUUGUCUGAGCAUUUAGAAUAUCAAUUAACUUUGUUAUUGGGAUUCAAAGACUUACACUUGUAAUGAAAUAAAAGAGUAAACAUAUUAGGAAGAUUUUGAGAAUGUUCUUUAUAGUGCUUCUGUGUGUGGAAGGAUAAAAAGUAAAAAUAGUCACUUAUUUAGAUUACUUAAUAAUUCACAGUUCUUUGAUUUGGCCACUUAUUUCUUACACGCCAGAUUUUGCAUCCGAAGCCUAAGAUAUUUACAGAUAGGAUUUAGGUUUGGAGAGACAGAGCUCAGACAAGGAAUAUGAUAGUGGAGUAUUGGCCAACAAUAAACUGUAUAAUAAAUGUAACGAUGGCAAUUAAGCCACCUAUUUUUAGUGGUAUCAUUUUAAUGAUGCCUAAUCGUAUGCUCUAAACAAUUGUAAUAAUAAAUUCCUUAAACUUCUUUAGUAAAAAUAAGUGAUAGAACGAGGGAGGGAUGCAUUGCGUUGUAGAUUGCAGACGAUAGCGAUUAUUUGUAGAUCUUUUCAACAAGGAUAGAGACGAUUGGAAUUAAUCAUAUUUAUUGUAGAUAUCAAGGAGGGAUUUUUACUAAUUAUAAAUGCUUGUAUUUAAACACCGAAUUAGAUCUGA